AUGCAGUGGGCCUCUGUCCUGCUGCUGGCAGGGCUCUGCUCCCUCUCCCGGGCCCAGUAUGACGACGACCCCCACUGGUGGUUCCACUACCUCCGCAGCCAGCAGUCCACCUACUACGAUCCCUACGAACCUUACCCUUACGAGCCCUACGAGCCUUACCCCUACGGGGUGGAGGAGGGGCCGGCCUACGCCUACGGCUCUCCACCCCCACCGCCCGACCCGCGAGACUGCCCCCAGGAGUGUGACUGCCCACCGAACUUCCCCACGGCCAUGUACUGUGACAACCGCAACCUGAAGUACCUGCCCUUCGUCCCCUCCCGCAUGAAGUACGUCUACUUCCAGAACAACCAGAUCUCCUCCAUCCAGGAAGGGGUCUUUGACAACGCCACCGGGCUGCUCUGGAUCGCUCUCCAUGGCAACCAGAUCACCAGCGACAAGGUGGGCAGGAAGGUCUUCUCGAAGCUGAGGCACCUGGAGAGGCUGUACCUGGACCACAACAACCUGACCCGGAUGCCCGGCCCGCUGCCUCGAUCCCUGCGGGAGCUCCACCUUGACCACAACCAGAUCUCCCGGGUCCCCAACAAUGCUCUGGAGGGACUGGAGAACCUCACGGCCUUGUACCUUCAGCACAACGAGAUCCAGGAAGUGGGCAGUGCGAUGAGGGGCCUCCGGUCGCUGAUCCUGCUGGACAUGAGCUACAACCACCUCCGGAGGGUGCCGGAUGGACUGCCCUCAGCUCUCGAGCAGCUGUAUCUGGAGCACAACAACGUCUACUCCGUCCCCGACAGCUACUUCCGGGGGUCCCCCAAACUGUUGUACGUGCGGUUGUCCCACAACAGCCUCACCAACAAUGGCCUGUCCUCCAACACCUUCAACUCCAGCAGCAUCCUGGAGCUCGACCUCUCCUACAACCAACUGCAGAAGAUCCCCCCCGUCAACACCAACCUGGAGAACCUCUACCUCCAAGGCAACAGGAUCAAUGAGUUCUCCAUCAGCAGCUUCUGCACCGUGGUGGACGUCGUCAACUUCUCGAAGCUGCAGGUGCUGCGCCUGGAUGGGAAUGAGAUCCAGCGGAGCGCCAUGCCCGAGGACGCGCCCCUGUGCCUGCGCCAGGCCAGCCUCAUCGAGAUCUGA